AUGCGUCUCUUCCACGUCCUCCCUUUGAUCCUGGCUCCUUUGGCUCUGGCAGCCCCAGAGCCUAGACCCAACCCUGUCGCUGCGCCAGCACCGGCAUCUACCGGUGGGCUGCUGGAGGAGUUACCUGACAUCCUGAGCGGCGUCCAGGGUCUCUUGACUACCGACAACGUCAACAAGCUGGACACCAUUCUUGAUGGCGCUGCUAAGCUGCUUAAGUCCGAUAACAUUGAUAUCUUGCAAGAUAUCCUGAACAACGCCCAUACAUUGCUGACCAAGAGCUUUGUCGAUAACACAACUACCCUCAUUGGAGACGCUACGCCACUGGUUGAGGAUGUCUCCAAGCUCCUUGGUGGUAUUUUGGGGUCACUGUGA